AUGAGGACGACGACAGGCACUUUGAUGAGAGGACAGUUCAAUCCCACGACUUCUUCUUCUUCUCCUUCUUCUUCUUCUUUAUCAUCAUCCACAUCUCUUCCCACCUCCUUUGCCUCGAGAAGAAGAAAUAACAUCAAGAACAGAAAACGAAUGAUGAUGAAUAAAAAUAUCUUCUUCGUCUCGUCAUCCUCUUCAACAACAACAAAAGUGAAAGAAAGCGAGAUUAAAUACCACACUUGGCAAGGACACGAAGUGGCGUACAGAGAAUCAGGAUCGAAAGAUGGGCCGUGUGUUUUAUUAAUUCACGGUUUUGGCGUCUCCGGGUUUCAAUACAGAGACAUCGAGUUGCCGAACCAUCGAGUGUUUUCCAUCGACUUGGUUGGUUUCGGUUCAAGCUCGAAACCGAGCGGAGUGGAUUUUUCCAUGGAAUUUUGGAGAGACCAAGUUGCAAACUUUAUAUCUGAGGUUGUCAAAGAACCAGUAGCAUUAGUGGGUAAUUCAAUCGGUUCCUUAGCUGCGGUGCACGUGGCCAGCGAAACGCCCGAGUUGGUUAAAGGUAUUUGCCUAAUCAAUUGCGCGGGCGGGAUGAACAACAAAGUGAAGCAAAUGCCGGGCGAUUUUGACGGGUUUGCGUGGCAAUACAAACUCGUUGGACCAAUUUUUAAAGUAGUUCUGGCGAUAAUCGACACGAUUUUGAAAAUAGAACCCGUCGCGACGAAGAUUUUUGACAACGUGCGCUCUGAAGAAAGCGUCCGAAAUGCGCUCGCGGGAGUUUAUAAAAAUCCUGCUCGCGUGGACGAUGCGUUGGUAAAAUCCAUAUGCAAAGCCGCAGAGAAUGAAGGCGCAUUGCCCGUCUUUGUAAAUAUUCUCACUGGAAAUCCUGGACCAAGACCGGAAGAGUUGAUGGAUGCGGUGACGUGCCCGAUAUUUAUCAUCUGGGGCAGUGAGGAUCGAAUCACGCCCUUGGAUUUCCCUCUCGGGCAAUACUUUCAAAACUUGCCGCGAACGCGAACCAGUCAAAGAAAGACGUCGUUCAUUGAACUCGAAGGGCAAGGACACUGCGUCCAAGACGACGCUCCAGAGGAAGUUAACCAGCUCCUUUUGAAGUGGUUCCGCGAGGACGGCUUAUUCACUUCAUCAUCGUCGGCUUGA